AUGGAUUCACAACUAAGCAGGCCGUCAACGCCCAGGUCGGCCAGCAAUGGCGCACUUGAGAAUGGAGAAGGGAUAAGGGGAAAGAGCAAAGGACGCCAAAAGCUGCUCCGAGGUCUCCAACGUAUCUCAUCAUCACCGGCCUUGGCUCCCUUUCAACGCCAAAGGUCAUCGAGCAGUCCUUACCACGGCCAUACCAGUCUGUCAUGCGUUAGUCUGGCCACGCCCAAUGCGCCAUCUCCGUUUGGUCAGGCCAGCAUUAGCUCUUCCUACUUCUCCCACGGAGCGUCCUCAGCUUCUUCCAGCGUUCCUUCUACGGCUCCGACCACCCCAGGACUCGACACGCCCGGUUGCGAUGUUUCGGAUCCUAUGCUGGCGGUCCGCAAAGUCGGCCAUCCCAUCCACAUGACGACUUCGAUCGUCUUACCUCAUCAUAAGAAAAGGUUGACGGCAUUCAACCUUUGGGCCAACAUGCCGCAUGAAAUCAGAAUCCAUGUCCUCUCAUUUCUCAGCCCCAAGGAGCUGGUCCGCGCAUCGCGUGUCAGCAAGGAGUUCUACGACAUGUGCUAUGACGGGCAGCUUUGGACCAGAUGUGACGCUUCCGAAUUCUAUCAACAGAUCCCGGCUGAGGCGUUAGCCCAAAUCAUCGUUUCAGCGGGCUCGUUCAUUAGGGAUCUCAAUCUUCGAGGAUGUGUGCAGUUGGAACACCACAGACGCGCAGAGAUGGUGGUGAAAGCUUCUCGGAAUCUCGUCAACGCUACCCUGGAAGGUUGCCGAAACCUACAACGGCAGACACUACACGAUUUGAUCAAGAGGAACAACAGACUUGUCAAUCUCAACCUUACCGGCCUGCCAGCCGUCUGCAACACAACACUCAGACUCAUUGCCGAGUCCUGCCCGCAGUUGGAGAUGCUGAACGUCUCCUGGUGCAAACACAUGGAUGCUAAGGCCAUCCAAACCGUGGUAGAAGGAUGCCCAAAGCUCAAAGACCUGCGAGUCGGUGAGGUCAAGGGAUUCAAGGACCUGGAAGUCGCAAAAUCCAUCUUCACGACCAACAACCUUGAACGCCUCGUCCUGGCAGGGUGCGAAGACCUGAGUGACGCUGCCCUACAAGUCAUGAUGCACGGGGUGGAUCCCGAAAUCGACGUUCUCACAAACACCCCCAUGGUGCCACCUCGGAAACUUCGUCACCUCGAUCUUUCCCGAUGCAAUCGACUCACCAGCCAGGGUGUCCAAGCCCUAGGCCACCUGGUUCCAGAGCUCGAAGGUCUAAUCCUCUCCGGCAUCACGACCCUGACCGACUCUGCAUUGGAACCGAUCCUGGCGUCUACUCCCCGCCUCACUCAUCUCGAACUGGAAGACCUCGAGGAGCUGACCAACUCUCUCCUGUCCGAACAUCUAGCCAAAGCGCCCUGCGCGAGCAAGCUCGAACACCUCAGCAUCGGCUACUGCGGCAAACUAGGGGACACGGGCAUGCUACCCGUCUUCCGUGCUUGUACAUCGCUGUGCAGCGUAAUCAUGGAUAACACGCGUAUCAGCGAUCUGGUCCUGGCCGAAGCAGCCUCCAUGGUCCGUCAGCGCGCGAUGGAUGCCAAGCGUCAAGCCAUCUCUCUCAACGCUCAGCAGCAGCAGCCCUCAGGCUUGCCAAAAGUCACUCUACACUUAACCGUCUACGACUGCGGCAACGUCACCUGGACCGGAAUCCGGGAAGUCCUUAGCCGAAACACCGAACCCAUGAAGAUUUCGGUUCCCACCACCACCACCCUCCCUACCACCACCACCGACUCGCAACCAUCAUCACCCUCAUCAUCCGACCUCACAACCUCCAUCUUCGACACCGACAACAAAUUCGUCACCACCACCACCACCGUCACCCCCAUCAACCCCCCUCCCACCACAACCACAACCACAACCACAACCAUCACCACCCAGAACCUCCCCCCCACAGAAACCAUCGCCCUAAAAUGCUACUACGGCUGGCAACAGACCGUAGACGAGCACACCAAGCGCGUCCUCCGCGGUUCCUUCCCCUCCGCUCGUCGUCUCGAAGCCAAGUGGGCGCAGUACAUGCAAGCCGAGGAAGAGGAGCGAGCAGGCGGGGACGGUGCGGGCCGCAGACGGAGGAGGAGGAGAGCGAGGGAGGCGGCGAUGGUGCAUGCUGAUGAGGAGGGGUUGGGUGGUCAGCUGGGUGAGGAUGGUGAGGAUGGUGAGGGUAUAGGUUUGGGCAUGCAUGGUUGA